CACUUCUCCACCUUUAUGUCGGAGCUCCAACCUGAUCCGAAUAUCUGCUUCUCGGCAGCUAUCGAUUCGGCCCUACAAGGAGCCCUACAGGACUCGUUGAAGCACUUGGAGCCUCUGACCCCAGCCCUUGAUAUGGACACCCUCAGGCGGAUACUGGACGUCUACUAUCAUUGUCAUACUGCGAGUCGAGACGCUGUCCGAAAGACUGAGUUCAUUCGACAUCUUCACGCCAAGCCGUCGCUAUCUAAGGCCUUACACAUGAACCCGAUGAUGCGAGGAACCUCGGAUGGCGAUUCGGAACCGUGGGCGUACAUAAUGCCCGAGCUGGCUGCCAUCCUAGGUGAUGUCAUUACUUGGGCUGAUGUCCUCAAGGCUGUUCAUCAUCGGGUCUCAAAACCACGUGCUACCAUUGGGGACAGCUCGGGGGCUCACCAGCGGAUUGAGUCGCCCCCUCCUGCUGCCGCUUAUGUUGCCGAAGAAUACAGGUCUCCGGGACCCUCAAGGGAAGAUGAUAGCCCCUCGGCUGUUCAUAGGCCGAGUAGCUCGCCUCGUAUCGGCAGUUAUAGAGGGUCAAUGGACGCAGGCUCAGCAUACUCGGACUCAGUGUCUGCUGUUCAUCCCUUCUUACGGGACACUAUAGAGCCGGCAGUUGCGAGUGCCUUUGCAGCGGCAACCAGUGCAUCGUUGCUAAGUCGCCAGGGCAUGAGAGAGGAGGACUAUGUACCGCCUAUCGACAUGCCACCACGCCAUUUCGCGACCCCCAGUAGUGGAGAUGUGCCCGCACGUGAAGCCACAGGAGGAAAGAACGUCUAUGAGCUUCUCUUGGAGGAGACUAAGGAAGAGGUCUCGAGGGGAAGGAGCCCCACGGUGGUCUCUGAGAGGGCGUCGACUAUUCGAGCUCGGAAAAUACGAGCUUCUCAUUUGAGACCUCAUUCGGCGACUAGCACUACGAGGACGACAGUGCCAGUGGGACCAUCGUUGCUACAACGAGAAGCAGUCAAGUCACAUACUAAGUUGCUUGCUAGUCUCAAGAACAACGAGGAGGAGUCUCCAGCAAAGAGCUCGAGGAGCGCAUCGUUCAAAGCUAGGAAGCUUCCGAGGGAAUGGACAGUUGCCGCUGGAGGGGCUCCGGGUACCUACGCGCCGAUAGUGGUGGGGAGCCACCAGACGCACGUAGCCGAACAGGAGGUUCGUCAUCGGUUGGGGAACACUGUGACGAGGCCUAGGAGACCUGAUACUACUCUGGCUGCUUCGAUGUCAGUAAGCUUCGAUAGGAGCAUUAGGAGAUCUCUAUUGGAAAGGAAGAAGGAUCCCCCGAACACCACUGUACAAGUCUAUGAUGUCGAGCAAGGCACGACUCAGGUCUCAGAGGCGAGCAGAGCGAGAGGCGUUGGUGAACCGUACAGCCUCACUGCCUCCUCGAAUGCAAAACUAUUCAGCUCGAGGACUGUAGCCGGCAGUGUGGGUAGCCAGACUCGUACAGUGCUCCACAAGGCUCUGAAGAGCAGCAAUAGCGACAGCGAAAAACGGCCGCGUAGUUCUACUCCUGAGUACUUCACCUUUUAUCCCCAAGUUGGGCGCUCCGUGCCGAACUUCAAAGCUCUGCACAGAAAGGAACAAGAGAGGCUCCGCCGGAGGAAGGAGGAGAGGCCUGGCAGAGUUACCAGGCCGGAACCCUUUUCAUUCACGAUAAGUAGGGACGAGGAGAAAGCUCAUAGGGGUAAGGAGGAACUGGGAGAGCCCCAAAAACCUACACGGAAAAGAGUGGUGGGCCCACCUAGCUUUGUGGAGCGGGACAGGAUAAGGGACAUGGAACGACGAGAAAAGCUGAUGGCCGAGAGGCAAGCUGAAGAGGCUGCUGAAGCUGGGCGAAUGGAUAGACCGAAAUCUCCUCUACAUAAAAGGGUGCAUCAUGCGGUGGGCCCUCAAGGGCAGCCAGUGGGGUCCGAGGAGCUCGCCCGGCGUAAACGAGAGCAAGCUCGUGCGGCGAAGGAAUGGAGGGAGGAAGUGAAACGAAUGCUAGAACGUGUAAGUCGCCAACCCCUUCUCAUGGAGCGGGUAACCCUGGACGCUUCUAAGGAGAGAGCAAGGCAGAAAGCUCUUGUGAAGAUUAAGAAGGAACUGAUUGCCAAGAAGGUUAGUAACUGGCAGAGCUACUUCCAAAAGGAGGAGCUCAAUAUUCUGGAAAUGGCUGAGCUCCAGGAGAUACUCGGCAGAGGCAAGGAAGAGGAGGAGGAGGACGAUUAUGUUAGCGACGAUACUGAGAUUAUGGAGGAAGCAUCACAGGAAAGGCCCCUAGCACAAGAGGUGCCCAUGGACGAGGCCAGGGAAAUCCAAAGGGAAGACCCCUCUAGUGUAGAGAAGGAAGUAGAAGCCCCUGGGGCGGUCAGCGACGGUGGGGCUCGGGCUGCUCAAGAAGGGGAUGCUCCUGAAGGGUCGGACAUUUGGCUCUUCUGAGGGAGACUAGCAUAUAUUGAAAUUGACUGUACUGA